GAGAGAGAGAGAGAGAGAGAGAGAGAGAGAAAGUGUGUGGAGGUUUACUGUGCGGUGGAGUUAUAUUGCCAUUACGCACUGUUACGCACCGAGACAUACUUCCAGGAGUAGAACGCUGAGCGUAAAGGAGCGGGAUUUUGGAUUCCUUUGGUAUACAGGAAGAAGAAAAAAGUUUUCAUUUACGUUCAGAACAUCUUCAGAGCGGAGCAGAGUCAGCUGCCAUUCAUCUGCACAGGAAUGGUGGAUCACUUGCCGAUUGGUGAGGAGACCUUCCUGUAUUGUAUCGGCUCCCCAAGGUCUGACUACAGCUGCCUCUGUCGCCUCCCUAAUGAUGGCAUGUCACCAGGCAUCAUGGUAAUGGACGCGUGCAUCUACCACCAACACCCCUACCAAGGGGUGACGCUGUCGUCCUCCCCUCACCUCUCUGAGGACGACCUCAGUGACUCCUCCAGCCCUCGUUCAUCCCUCUGCUCCAGCCCUGAGUCCUCAUCGCCAGCGUCGCGGCACAUCCUCGGUUCCAGCUAUGAAAGCAGGAGCAGCAGGAGCAGUGGGAGCUGCAGCUCCUCAGGAGGAGAGAGUCAAGACAGUCUGCUGGACCUCCUGCUCUCACAGACCUCCAUUACCACCUCAUUAAGCUCUAACGCCAGCAGCAGCUCUCUUUCUUCUCCUCUUUCAUCCUCUCUUUGCCUCUCUUCCCCACCCUCAUCUACCUCCUCGUCUCCCACUGCCCCAUUUUUGCCCAUGGGCCUGGCUUGGGAGUCCAAGAGGGAACAGCGGCUAAGUCUCCUCCAGCAACAGGCCAAAGAGGACUCGUACGAGUUUCCAGUCUUCCUUGAUGAGCUACAGGAUCCUGCAGCGCUCCUCUUUCAGCCCACUCUGGAGGAGAUCGAGGAGUUCCUAGAGGAGAACAUGGUGGUGACAGUGGAGAAAGAGGAGGAGGGGAGCGAUGAGGCCAUGUCACCUACGUCAGAGGAUGCUGAGGCAGAAACAUCAGGAACAUUAGCAGCAGAACUUGUAUCAGUGUUGCAGAACUCCGAUCAGACUGUUCCUGUGGCUCAUUCUCCCCUCUCCUCCUACACAGAGACCAAACAUGCACUACAUGCAGCAGACAUGGACAGCUCAUCAUCAACAGUGGAUGCUAGCUGUGUCACUAGUUCUACCAACAGUUGUGUUGAUGGGAUCAAACAGGAGGAAUGUGGAUCAUCAUCAACCGCAUCAGAAAGUACCGGUGCUGCCUCCAGUGUGCCUGUCAUCCUGCAAAUCCAGCCCAUACAGAUCAAACAAGAACCGAACCCCAGUGCCAUAUCAGACGCUGUCCCGCAGCAGCCCCAGAAAGCCCAAUCACCAGCAGCCCAGGCCCCAUCAGACAUCAAAAUCGCCCAGCUCCUGGUCAACAUCCAGGGGCAGACCUUUGCCUUGGUGCCUCAGCUGCUUUCUCCAGCAAACGUCACUAGCUCAAGCAAAACCGGAAACGCAACUUUGUCCAAAUUUGUCCGGAUCGCGCCGGUGCCCAUUGCAGCUAAACCCACUGGGUUCGGAGAGGGCGGUUUAGGCGGAGGUUCGGCUGCAGGGGUCCUUGCUGGAGGUCAGAGGUAUCAAAAGAACACAGUAGCAGACCUGAUUAAAAUGCACAAGUGCUCUUUUCCUGGCUGUAAUAAGAUGUACACCAAGAGCAGCCACCUGAAAGCCCAUCUGAGGAGGCACACAGGGGAGAAGCCAUUCGCCUGCACAUGGCCGGGUUGUGGAUGGAGGUUCUCCCGAUCAGACGAGCUGUCCCGACACCGCCGCUCCCACUCCGGAGUGAAACCAUACCAGUGCAUCGUCUGCGAGAAGAAGUUUGCCCGCAGUGAUCACCUGUCGAAACACCUCAAAGUCCACCGCUUUCCACGAAGCAGCAGGACAGGACGCUCUGCAAACGGACCCCUCUGACCCCGCUGACAGACUGACGCUAAAUGGCGUAGAAGGAGGGGCAGGGGAGUGAAUCUGUGGUUGUAUGUGUGCGUGCGUGUGUGUGACGAAAGGCCGAGGAGGUUAUGGUGUGGAUGGGUGACAGUCCAAAACACCCUUUAAAGGAGCCUGUGCAGGACUCGUGUGUGUUUAUGCGCGUGACGUACAUUCAUGGUACUGUGAUAAUUUAUUGGGUGACGAGGAAAAGACUGUAAAAACAAAACAGAAAACUGUUACUUGACACAGCACCCUCACAGGUGGAAUAAGCUUCUUGUAUAUUACGACUUUAUUCUCAAAUCUUUUUUAAUCUCAUUUGAAGAAAGAUUUGCUAUUCAGAGUAUUUUUACACUUUUCAGUGUGUUUUAUCGCUCAAGUCAAAAGCCUUAUAUCAGCAAAGGUUAUAACACUGGGGGGUCUGCUACUAUUUAAAACCCCCAUUUCUUUUUCUUUCUGUAUUUUUUUUUUUUUACUUCAUUGGAGCCAAAUGAUGUUUAAAAGUAAUAGUAACAAAAUACAUUGCUUAAUGGCUUGAAUUUAAUUUGUUGCCCUUCAACAAAAACUUACUGGACAUAGUAUUAGGAAGCAGUGGGGAGGAUUGGUGCCUUGGUUUAAUUCUUCCUUCACAAAUGGCAGAGUAAAAGAUGUACCAACAUUCCUUUAGUUUUGACUGAGUCUCUUUUGUUGCCUUUGAUUAUGGUUAGAGGGAAAAUUGUAGUGACUUCAAACACAAGAACAAAGCUCAAGUUCAUGUUGAAUUACUGCUCAGAAACAAAGAUCAUGACACGAUGUAAUUUGCACUGGCACACAUGACAUUUUUGGUUGUUUGCCUGUGCGUAGAAUUUGGAAUAUUAUGUGUGGUUAUACUGACUCUGUCUUUGAUUCAUCUGGUCAAAAGACUGUUUAUCAGAAUAAGUGUCGUUUUUACGGCCUUUUUUGAAUCAAAGCAGAUGGCCAUGCAACUACAUUCAAAAAUGAUCCAGAAAACAAUUCAGGCUAAGGUUGGUGAUACGUCAAAACUUCCAUUUAUCAGUCAUGACUUCAUGUAACUUUACUUACUUCAUAUCACUGCAGAGGCAGUGGGACAGACUGGUGUCAGUGUGCAUCAUUUGUUCCCCUGUCUUGCCACACCAGACAGAAAAUUAAAUAAAAUAAUCUACAAAUCAAAUUUAAACUGAGGCUUGUCUACUGGAAUUGUGAGCUGCCAGCACCAAUAACAGAACUAUCUUAGAUUACCAAGAUAAAUGCUUUAUUGCGAAGAUGUGUAACAUUUGCUGGACAACUUGCCAUCAUUGUUGUGAGUUAAAAUAUAUCGUACCUGAAGCACAAGUAGCUCAAUAUUUGUCUUUGAUGAGGUUGUCUAGCAUGAGGUAAUUUUAGCCACACCUGUAGGUAGCUACAGUAUAAGCUGAGGACCCCUCAAAAUGGCCCCGAAAACAGCCUUUACUGAUCUGAUCUGCUUUAAACUCUACACUUUAGGGUCUCUGCUGAUACACCUGAAAAGUCUGAGGUGGAUCGGAUAUAGUUGUGUUGAAAUAUGCAUAGAAAAGACACACAGAGACAAAGAUUCUUUAAUUUAUUUGUGAGAUGAAUGUACCAUGUCCUCCUUCAAAGGUUAUAUGCACUCACUUUAAUAUAUGGGAGAUUUAUAGCCAGCUUAAAGAAGCAAAAAGAGGCAAUCUUAUCCUUGCUUCAUUUUUCUGAGAGCAAAAAAUGAUUAAAUAACAUUUCAUAUUUAACUGGAAUUAUGUGUACUUGCUAUCUAUUUGCUGAGACUGGAAUUUGUGUGUCAAUACAACAUCAGAUAACACAUCCAAAGGGAAUUGUUAGGACUCCUUUUCCUUUACUUUGGUCUGAUCCCAGACAGAUUGUUACCGCAUAUUUGUCAUUAGUUAUAGAAAAUUGAAAAUCAUCCAAGAAACACUACAGAAUCACACAUUUGUUGCCACAAAAUAUGAUGCCUUUGUCUUGUACUGUAAGGGAUCAGCGACUGUUGAGCUUUUUGGCAAAUCACAUUUACAGUACCAGUACAGAAUACUUUAGUCGGUCAAUCUGCAUUUCAGUUGAAUUAAACCAAAUGAGUCAUGGGAGGGACAGCAGGUGCUGCACAGCUGCUGCACUCAGAGACGGGUCGCUGUGCCAUAAAGCCAAGAAUCAGCUGACAACAUUCAGUAUUGAAAUGGGCAUAAACAGUAAUGUUAAGAAUUGGAAUAGUGUCCUUUUUGAAAAUGUUGAUGAUUUGCAUAUAUGUGCUUUGAUUGACAAACCGUUUGGUGUGUUUGGUACACAGCCCCUGUCGCUGUUAUCUCUGUCAGCCAUUCCUUCCAUGCAAUCAGAAGAAACCCUCUUCUGAAUGGGUGUCAUCGACGAUCCCACGAAUGUAUGUAAAUACUGUAUAUGCAUCAGAAAGGAAAACCGAGCUAUUCUUCUAGUGAUUUCUGUGAUUGCAAAGAUUUUUAAAAAUGUAAAGUGUACAUAACAUGAUAAUUCAAAUGUAUUGUGUAAAAAGACGGCAACGUAUUUUUUUUUUGUCAGGUGUUUCCACAGCACAUUGCUGAAUGGGCUCAUGAAGUGUUUCAUGAUACGUCUAUUAUUCUUCAAAAGCUUCCAGGUGCAAUUAUCAGUGUAGCAUAUUGUAUCAUGAAACAUGUGAUAAGUUGUUUGGAAAUGUGUUCUGUUCUCACUUAACACAAAAAGAGUUGCUAAAAAAAUGUUAUAUUUUUGCUUUUGUUCUACUAUGUAAAACACAUUUACAAUAAAAAUCUUAAAACUAA